AUGUCUGUCCCUCUCUUCAUAGUCAGCCCUUUCGUUCGUAAAAUUUUCAAAUCUCUUGCUCCAACAGAGAAGGAGACCAAUGCUCGCGCAAGUUCACAACCUGGUUCGCAGUUGGUCUGCCCCCCUGGACCGGCCGCUUCGACCCUAGCCCGCGGUGGCUUGCUAGAGCAGUAUCGCUGCACAUGGGAGGGUCUCGAUGGCGGCGUGGGCGGUCGUGUGCGGGUCUCGUUCCUUUCUCUUCCAUUCCCAGCAGCGUUAGCAGUCGGAAACUUCCAUGGGACCUUGCUUCUUCCUCGGGGCCUGGGCUGUCCAGUCGGAAGCACCAAUGCGAAGCGUCAACAGCGCUGCUUCCAUGGGUUCGUAUGUAAUUCGUCGUUCGCACCUCGCAGUGUUCCUGGCGUUGCUGAACUGGGCGUACUAAGUUACCCCUGUUGGGACAAGCCUGGUUCCUUUUCUGCGGUUGCUUUCCUGCAGGUGCUGCCCUGCGGUGCCUGGCAUGAAAGACAUCUCGACCGCCUCUCGUUCCAUUUGUGGACGCACCGCGGGAAUCCGCUACUGAUCGAGCAGAAGGCCGUCGAAUCUCCAUUUAAGACGAACCCAUCCCACCACGGUUAA